GUGGACAACAUGGGUGAGGAGGAGAUAGAUCUGGAGGGAUCAGCCACCACAGCAGCCUUUAUGAACACCAGCUCUGAUGGUGCCACAAAUGUCACCACCAACAUAACCUUUUCCCCCUACUACCAGCAUUCCUUGUUUGUUGCUGCCAGCUACAUCCUGGCCUACCUCUUCAUCUUUCUGCUGUGCAUGGUGGGCAAUGUCCUGGUGUGUCUGAUCAUACUGCAAAACCGUCGUAUGCGAACAGUCAAAAACCUUUUCAUCCUCAACCUGGCUAUCAGCGACCUUCUGGUGGGCAUCUUCUGUAUCCCUACAACACUGGUGGACAACCUGAUCACAGGUUGGCCCUUUUCCAACACCGUGUGCAAAAUGAGUGGCUUUGUGCAGGGAGUGUUUGUCUCUACAUCAGUUUUCACCCUGGUGGCAAUUGCUAUUGAAAGGUUUCACUGCAUUGUAUACCCUUUAAAACCCAAGCCAACAGCACUUGUUGCCAAGGCAGCCUUGGUGUUAAUCUGGAUGCUGGCAGUGGCGAUCAUGUGUCCUGCUGCUAUGGCACUGACUGUGGAUACAGUCCCUUUCAACUACAUGGUGCACAACAAUGACUUCAACCACACGUUACCCCUGUACAACUGCUACGAAAACUUUUCCGACCCCAAGAUGAGAAAGGUCUACACUGCAGUUCUGUUUGCUCACAUCUACCUGGUGCCCCUCAUCAUCAUCACCCUGAUGUAUGUCGGCAUCGGGGUCAAACUGUGCUCCUCUGUGGUUUCAAACAGAGAGCGGCAGAUGGCUAACGUCUCGAUCCAUGUUAAAGGAAGAAGAGGUAGUCAUCCAGUUAUAUCCCAGAAAAAGAUCAAGGUGAUAAAGAUGCUUAUUCUGGUGACUUUCCUGUUCAUGCUGUCCUGGUUGCCACUCUGGACUCUGAUGAUAAUGGCAGACUAUGCAGGUUUGGACAGUGACCAGCUGGACCUUCUGACAAGCUACAUUUUCCCCUUUGCCCAUUGGCUGGCUUUCGCCAACUCCAGCAUCAACCCCAUCAUCUACGGCUACUACAACGAGAACUUUAAGAGGGGCUUUCAGGCUGUGCGCAAGUCAUGGCCCUUUUGCAGCCCCCGCCAGGGGCAGCUGUGGGGGAGGAUGCGCAGGUGGGGCAGGAAGGAAAGGUCUGUGCAAGCACAGUGUGGAGGCGCUGACUUCAGAGAUGGAAAUUGCAAUCACAACCACCUCGUCUUGGGGCUUAGAAAUCGAGUUAAUAUCGAAAACAAGUUGAAUAACUCAUCAGAACAGGGCAGGGGUGGCAGGGUGGGGUUCGUGGUGGUCCAUUCAGAGAGGAGAAGUCUUUCAGACCAAGGUUUAGAAAUGUCACAUAUGCAUAAGAAGAACAGUAAUGUGGAGGAGUCAGACAGGGCUAGCUCAGGAGCCGUUUAUCAGGCAUGGGAUAACUAA